AUGUCGUCUCAGAACGCCGCGCAGCCUACCGAGGCGCCACCUUCGUACGAUCAGGUGAGCGGGUCAUCCAGGCCCGCCGCCGCCCCCUCCUCCUCCUCCGCUGCCAAUCCUGCUUCGGGCAGCAGCCACUUGGGCGUUCCCAAACAGGACGAAGCAGCCACACGUAAGUCGAUGGAAGACAUGCUUCGACCGCUUCCCAAAGGCUGGAUUCGUCAGUACGACCCUUCCACGCACCACAACUUCUUCGUCGACGCUCUUGCCAACCCUCCACGCUCGAUCUGGGUGCACCCCUUCGACGACGCUCAGUACCAGCGCGAGCACCCGGACGAGGUGAGGAAGGAACGCGAACGAAUCGAGCGAGAGCACAUCGUCCACGCCGACACCGACGACGAGGAUGACGACCAUCACCACCGUUCGUCCAGCUCCAAGCAGCACCAGUCCACAUCCUCCGCUGCCGCUGCCACCUCGUCGUCGCAAGCACAGCCCAAGGGAAUGAAAAAAUUCGGCCGGUCGCUCAAGGACAAGCUCACCAACACCACGCAUGCCGAACGAGAAGCCAAACGCCAAGCCCAGCGCGAGGCCGAACAGCGCGCCUACCAGCAACACCAAGCGAUUCGUCAGGCGCUCAUGACUGCCACCCGCACCGGCCAGCCCCAGCUCGUGGGUCGAGACAAACAGGGCCGCGAGAUCUUCGCUCAGCCUCCACCCCCGGGGGCAUAUGGCUAUGGCGCAACGCUCGGGUACGGCCCGUACCAGACUCUGGAUGGUCCCUAUGGCGCUUACGGUCCAUAUGGUAGACCGAUGGGCCCUUACAGCAGGCCAUACGGCGGCGGCAUGGGCAUGGGCAUGCCGAUCCUCGGUGGCUUGGCUGGUGGUAUGCUCCUCGGUGGAUUGCUCUUCUAG